UGGCCGUUCCCUGCACCGUUAUCCCGCUCGCGCCUCUGUGCUCGGUCCCUCACUGCAAUUGUGCUGUUCCAGUCUGGUUUUAGUCAUGCGCCGAAGGGAACCGUGCUAGCUGGGCCCAGAGCUUGGUGCCCAGUGACCUCAGGCCAGUGAAGUCCUGACCAGUCCCGGCUUCUGUAUGCUCCGCCAUGGGAGUCCACUUCUUCCAAGGAUGGAUAUAAAACUAAUUGCAAGAUGGACAUGGAGCUUUGAUAUCCUGAGGAUUCCAUUCAUUACGGGCUUGCCAUAAUCUGCAGAAUACCCUUUGUGAUUUGCUUUUCAAUUAUUGGGACAGCUAUAGGUUUUUAAACUGUUAAGUCAUAUCGUCAUGGAUCUGAUUUCGGAUGGCCUGGAAGGAAUUGAAUCUUGUGAAAAAGCAACACAUCUUGGUUCGGAUCCCCUAAAUGAUGGAUGUUUAUUUGAGGUGGAUUCUGAUAUAUCAGGCUUUGAAAUUCCCGAGACACCCAGCCCUGUUUUUUCCAAGCAAAACAGUAAACCUUAUCAAGCACCAGCUACAACCCAGGAUAGGAACAUUGCUAAUGAUGAGAAGAAACCUAGAUCUGCUACUAAGAACACAACCCAUCCACCGAAGAAGUGCCUUGUUGUGACAACUGGGACUCCUCAAAAGUGUGCCAAGCAAUUAUUUGUCGAGGGCAAAGCCUCUUUUCCCUUUUUGCAGCAGAAGACUCCUGUUUGUUCAAAGCAAAAUGAAUCUGCCCUAAGUCCACUACUUAGUAAGAAGUCUACAAAAUCCAACACAGCUUCCACUUCUACAAGAACGGGUUCUGCUUCUAAAAAAUACUUGAAAGUACCAUCAAAAAAAUGUCGUGCUGAAAAGUUAAAAGUGUCACCCAAGUCAAGAGAUUCCAGUAUUUCUCUUGUCCAAACAAAUUGGGUUAACAGAAAUUGUCAUUCUUCUUCAACUGUUUCUAGUUCUUCACAUUCACCAGCCAUGAAAAAAGCCAAAACAUCAACUGCUAGUAGCUCGGGUUCAAGAAGGGCCAGCAACAUAUCCUUGAAGGAAAAUGAGUGUGUACCUUCAGUUAGAACUUCCUUGGGCUUUGUAAAAUCGCCCAUGAACACUUCAGUGUCCCCUGGCUUGAAGCCGGCAGAAUCUUCAGGUUCUGUGACGCUAACAAAUGGCAUAAGUGAUUGGAUUGAUCUCCUGGAUGACAGUACUGACAUAGUGGCAUCCUCUGCAUGGAGCACAGAAUCUCCAAUAGUAAUAGAUGAUGAUUUAACUGAUAACUAUGUUCGUUUUGCUCAACUGGAAGAGGAUGAAGCGUUUGCCAGACACCUACAGGCACAGUUUGAUUUGGAAGCUCAGUCUCCUGAACAUAGAAGUCAAUUCCAGGCAACGAGAGAGAACUCCUUCCAUGGGUUUUGUGGGUUGCCUGGUUGUGGGGAGUAUGCCGAUUUAUUGGCUACUGCAGACAUUGGAUAUUGUGGAAAGCCUGGAUGUAGGGAGUAUCAGCACAGGAAUGACGUGUUGGCUUCAGAAGUAAUUGAUCCUGUUCUACAUGAUCUGCAAAGGUUUUUUGACACAACUGGCAGAAGUAGAAGAACCAGAAGGCACAGCCGGCAUCAAACUACCUCAAUGUACUUACAUGAAGAUAUAAAUGAUGGCAAUGACUAUGAGUUCUGGGAAUCUUUCACUUUAACUCAGGACUUGCUAGCUUUUGAAGAAAGCCAGGGUUCGGCUGUUGCACAGAAGAAACUCAGUACUGCUGAUAUUAACCGAUUGCCGAUCAAGUUUUUUGACCCAAAAUGUGCUGCAGAAAAGACACAAUGUCAUAUUUGCUUCAAUGAUUAUUCUUCAGGAGAAAAGCUAAGGAUCUUGCCCUGCCUUCAUGACUAUCAUAGUCGGUGCAUUGAUCGCUGGUUAAAGGGACAUUUAACUUGCCCAAUCUGUAGAGUUGAUGUAAACCUGGAAUCUGCGUGAUGAGUACAAGACAGCCAUCAAAUCAAGUGCAAUAAUUUUCAUUUGCCAUGGAUGCAAAUGUUUACAUUAUUGUUUCUCAGGAUUUUACAGUUUCUACAUUUUCACUUUCCAAAGCAAAGACCAAAACAAAAUAACUUUAGAUUGUUUAAAAAAAUUAUGCUGUUUAAAUAACUUAAGUCUUGAAAGUUUACAACUCUUAAUUCUCAUUAUUUUAAAACUUGUGGAUGAUGGUUUAAUUCAGAUACAUCACUCCCAGCUUUGUGGAAAGGUCAGUUGGAUACCUUGAGCUAGUCUGCUUCAGGUCAGGAAGAAAUGUUUGAAUAAACUUAAAUAUUGAAUGCUGUUAACAGUUUCAAAUUGAGUAUUUGGGGGAGGGGCUGUUACUGAGCUUGAGUGUGUGUAUAGGUAAUUUUCCCUUUUUUUUUAUUGAAGCUGUUUGAGUGUGCAUCCUGGGAGGGAUGGUUGCAUAGUCCAGUGAUCUGUCCUUGGCUCUCUGUACAACCAAAGGAGGGGUGGGGAACUUGUGGAAAGCUGCUUCCUUGAUUAUAUUUUUCUUGUAAUUGUUUAAUGUACCACAGAUAAAUCACAAUGUAUAUGGCUAUUUAUCACCAUUUUAACUUGACAUACAAGUCAAACUUGAACAUAAUGUACUGAAUAUGUUGAUUUUUCAAU